AACAGGCGAUGCUCAGCCACCUGGCUUCGGCUUUGUGAGGACCCGUCAGAAAUCCAACAUGGCGGCAGCCAUACGUGUGUGUUGUGCCCUCCGCAUCGUUGCUGGAGGUGCAGCUCCUCUCCGCGCGGUAUCGGGCGACCUCCAUGGAUCCCAGCUACUCAGUCGAACGACCCCCGCACUUUCUCUUGUGCCUGCUGCGUGUUGGCAACAAAGCAGACAUGGCAGCUUCUUCAACAAGCUGACGGCCGAAGACCUUUGGAAAGGCGUGUUGGCCGAGUCGGGGGCCGGUGCCAGGAAGGGCAGAGGGAAGCGAACCAAACGCAAGCUGAGGCGGGAUCUUAACCGAGGCCAGACCAUCGGAGAAGGUCAAGGAGGCUUCCUGUGGCCCGGUUUGAAUGUGCCCGUGUUAAAAGACGGCACCGUGCAGAGUAUGAGCCGCAGAGGCCAGGCUGAGCAGCAGGAAGUGCAGGCUGAACUAGUGCGUCAGCGUGAUGAGUGGGAGAGGAAGAGGAAGAUGAAGGUGAAGCGGGAACGAGGAUGGACGGGGAAUUCCUGGGGCGGCGUCAGUCUAGGCCCCCCUGAUCCUGGACCUAAUGGAGAGACCUAUGAGGACUUCGACUCUCGGGUUAUCGAGGUGAAGAGCGUCUUCAACAUGACGGCAAAGGAGGGCAGGAAGAGAUCCAUCAGCUGCUUGGUUGCCGUGGGCAACGGCCAAGGCGCUGCAGGUUUCGCCUUGGGGAAGGCGGCUGACAGAAACACUGCGCUGAGGAAGGCGAAGAAUCGAGCCAUCCACUACUUGUACUACAUCGAACGAUACAACAACCACACCAUUUAUCACGACAUCGAAUCCAAGUUCAAAAGGACGACGCUUCGUAUGAAGAAACAGAACGAAGGUUACGGCCUUCACUGUCACCGCGCCAUCAUCACGUUGUGCAAGCUGAUCGGCUUGAAGGACAUAUACUGUAAAGUGGAAGGUUCGGUCAACCUCCUGAACAUCACCAGGGCGCUCUUCUCCGGCCUGGCCCAACAGGUAAUGGCACGCGCAUAUUCACAUCUUCGCAUAUACUGUAGUAUAGUAAGGCGAGGCAGCUGACUGAAAUGUAGUAUU